GUCUGGCUCUUGUUCACUAAGCCUCCAGGAUCGCCAUGGCUAUGGCCCACGACACGCAUAACAUCUCUUCUGGUUUCAAAUGGUCCGAAGAUUAUGACGCGACUCUCGAACGUAUCGCGUCAACGGAUGAUGUGGAGACGCAGUGGGCGCAGCUGCGGGACAUCAUCAAGUACAAAAUUGAGCAGAAUAUUACAUCUUUUCUCGCCGAUGCAGAAAAACUUGUCAAGUCGGAGGGUCUGCGGCUAUUCUCCCCUCAGCCGUCCACAACUGGAGGAUUGAAGCUUCCACCAUUUCCUCCUCGUCCGCCUGUGGCUCCCAGUCUAGAUCCGUGUCCCAAAAAUCACUUUACCAAAGAGGAAGCCAGCGCGUUCAAAGAGAGCUUAUAUGCGCAGCUCGAUGGUUUCGAUGGUAUUCCUUUCACAAUACAACGGAUCUCUGAUCUUUGUGUUCGCCCUCGAGAACAUUACAGGUCCGUUGGGAAAUACCUCCGAGCAAUCGAAAAAGCCGUCUAUGUGACCUCCACCUGGGACUCGUUCCCGCCUUUGUCACCGCAGGCAGCGGGUCCCGAAGCUAUCGCCUCCACUGCGUUUGGCACCGGAUCCUCUUCUGUGCCCAGUACACCACUAUUUUCGCCUAUCCCUUUUUUGCACGGAGACGCUCGCCGUUCGACGUCUCGCAGUCCGCCGCCACUCGCAUUGAGUGCGGUCACGCCAGGUGGUGGUACACCACUUGACACAACUGUCCUCGGAAUGGAGCAUCGGGGGCUUGGGUUGGUAGACGAAUUGGAUGACCCUGGUAUUGGCCACAUGAGCGAUCAUCCCACUGCGCUAUCAUCUGUAACGAGUGUCGGCAGAGGAUCUGGGGCAAAGAGUCUCGAUGAGCGGUUUGUCCGAGCAAGCGAGAAUAGGGUCGGGCCGGAGUCGAAGAGACAGAAGCCCAACGAAGAUAUAGAGGAUAUGCUUUUGGAUGAACGGGAUGGGGAUAAGGAGAAUAAGAGCUGAAUGUAUCUGCGUCUGUAAUUGAAAACCAUGAUACAUACCUGAUUUCACC